AUGGCUGCACCAAAGGUGAUUGUGCUGGGAAGCCUCAAUGGAGGCCUAGAGUCUGCCUUUUCAAAGGUCGCGACUCUUCACGCGAAAAACGCCUUUAGCUUUGCGAUCGUGACCGGCAACCUCUUUGGCGCAGAGGAUGAUUCCUCGGCAGAGGCUUUGAUAAACGGCGAGGUCAAGGUGCCCUUGCCUACUUACUUUACCGUCGGUAACAAGCCACUUCCUCCGCAGAUUAUCGCAAAGAUCGAGGCCGACGAGGAGAUCUGCGAGAACCUUCAUUUUCUUGGCAAACGCAGCAUUACCAAGACGUCGGAGGGCGUCAGGAUCGUCGCGCUUGGGGGCCAACUCGACACAAGCAUCGUUGGGGGGCAGUCAAAAGAACAGCACCUUCCGUUCCAUACUGCAGACGACGCAAAGUCGCUAAAGGGAGCGAACAAGACCGAUAUCUUGCUGACGACGGUCUGGCCUGCCGGUGUUUGGACAAAUUCCAAGGUUGCCCUUUCCCCUGAGAACCAAGCCACCAUCGCAAGUACAGAGGAAGUUGCCGAGUUAUGUGCAACCCUCAAGCCCCGCUACCAUCUCUCUUCGUCUCCUGCCGAGUUCUUCUACGAGCGCGAGCCGUUUAUCCAUCCCUCCGAGGAAGGCUCCGAUAACCUCGCGAUUACCCGCUUCAUUUCAAUGGCCCCUUAUGGCAACGCAUCCAAGGCUAAGGCUCUGUACGCGUUCACUCUGCAGCUCCACGACGCCUUAGUCGAGCGCCCUGCAGGUGCGACUUUUACUCCGUUCAACUCUAGAAAGCCCAAGAGGCGUGUGCAAGAUGAGGGCUCUUACAGCCGGUUCGGGAACGGAGAUGACAAUAGCCGCCAAAACCGCCGUGGGAAUAAGCGCCGUCGACAGUCGCCUCCUCCUGGCCCGGACCGCUGCUUCUUCUGCCUCUCAAACCCCAACCUGGACACCCACAUGGUCUGCACCGUCGGCGACGACAGCUAUCUUGCUACUGCCAAGGGCCCUCUCGCCACCUCGGAGACCUUUAAAGCCCAGGGUCUCAACUUCCCUGGGCAUGUCAUCAUUACUCCCCACGCACACACGCCGACCAUCUAUCACUCUGGUGUUGAAAGCUACUUGCCCGAGGAUGCAGAGCGAACCCACAAGGAAAUGACUCGUUUUCGCGAGAGCCUCCAGGCAAUGGUAUCUGCCAAAUCGAGCCACAAGCUGGGCGCCAUCACCUGGGAGAUUAGUCGCCAACGCAAUAUUCAUGCCCAUUGGCAAUUCCAUCCGAUCCCUGCCGAUACGAUCUACAAGAACAUUGUUGAGGCUGGUUUCAAAGUCGAGGCCGAGAACCUCAAAUACCCCGAAUUCGAAAGCCGUGAGCUGUCCUACGAGGAGCAGGGCACCAUUGGCGACUACUUCCGGGUUUGGAUCUGGGCAGACAAUGGCGAGGACAGGAUUAAGGGCACCAGUCUCGUCAUGAAGCUGGAUCCCAACAUGCGCUUCGACCUGCAGUAUCCACGUAAGGUGGUUGCGAAGCUUCUCCAGCUUGAGAACCGUUUCGUCUGGCAGGACUGCGUCCAGGCGCGAGAUGAGGAGGUCAAGGACGUGGAAGCCUUCCGCGAUGCGUUCAAAGAGUGGGAUUUCACGCUCCAGGGAUAG